AUGCAAGAACAGAACAUUCUGAUCGACCAAUUGGAGGAUCAGCUCAUUGACCAUCCAGAUGCAUCCACCAGACAACAAUUAAAAGAGUCGUCAUACGAUGAAACAUUCCAGAAGAAACUAAACGAAAGAGCCAACCAACUCUUGUCCGGCAACAAAUGGGGCUCCGGUGACGACAACACCGGCGCAUACCUCCAGUUCUUAGUCACUAAGCCAAUAUUGGAUUACCUGUACUCGGAUUUGGCACCACUACACCAAGAACUCUCUGAAUGGUUCACGUCGUCUGACUAUAGCAUUAUCGGCCUUCGUGAUCUAGCAACUAAGUGCACACUGUUGCCUGAUUCACUACGAGAAUUUGACUUAACAACUCCCUCUGAGGAACUUGAUGCCUUGACUUACGCUGUUUUAGGGUCUUACGGUUCUACUUCGUCUGCUCAAGAUCAACUCGUCAACAUCUCGGAAAACUGCCGCCAUGUCAUCUCCAGUGGCUUGCAUCACACCGCCACAGACCUCUUGAAAAGUUGUUUUCAUCAAUGCAACGUGGCCUUGGAGUCUGGCUCCGUGUCCAUGUUGUCUGGUAGCUUUGCUUCCAAUUACUUCAAGCUUCUAACUGUCGUGUAUUUCUUGACCAACGUGUCGUUGACAUCAAACGUGUCGCCAGACUUUGUGGACCACAUAGAAAAGUCUGACCUCCUACAAGCGACAGUCGAGUUUAUCGACAAGUGGAACCAGUAUCCCAGUCCGGUGUCACGAAUAAGAAAUGUGCUCUUAAUUACAUGGAAGUUAAUCCUCCUAGAAUUCGGUGACCAUGCCCACAUGGAAGAGGUUGACAAAUUUGUGGCUGAAAAGCACGAUAUCAAGAACAAAGAUAGGAAAGAUUUGUCCAAUAACAAGCUCACAUGUUCUCACCUCGAUUACUUCACAUUUAGAGAGAACCUCAUGGACAAGUACCCAUUGUACUCAGAUAAAUUGGCAAAUAGACCUCAGGAACUACAUUCAUCCACGUCAGAUAGAGAGGCGAACUUCAUGGCCGUGAGUACUUAUUCUAACUCUUUGUCAAAUCUCCUUGAGAUGCCCAGGACGAACAAAUCACAUACUGUUCUCGGUCAGUUACCUAUUCAAACCGUCCACAUCGCCACUCCAGUGCCCUCUCCUCCAAGCACUCCUUCGGACUUCAUGUCUGGCGGCGAGAAAAUUAGAAAACUGUACCACGUCAAUCAAGGAAUGCCAUUUGUGUAUCCAUCGGGGGACAACCAAGAAAUUCCCGAAGCAAUUCUUGAGGCGUCAGACCUAUUGGAGAACGCAGUCUACGAGAGUUACUCUAUAAAGCGUUCGUGGGAGGAGAGGCGUCGGUUCAUGGCACAGGAAAGAGGAAACGUCGACCAAUAUUCUGAAGUCGAAAAACCGACCAACAUCGAGGAAGAAAUUUUAAACGCAGAAGAUCCACAGCAUGAAUCGGAGACUCAUACUCUUCGCCGCAUUGAAAAGUUUUAUGCGGCUACACUCACACAUUUGCAUGGGUUGGUGGAGGUAUUACUUGGAGUGAUAAAGAGCAAUAAAUUUGACUUUAAUCUCAAGAACGCAGAGCAGGAGUUUGAUCCCGAUACGGCCUUUUCCAACAGAUUUGGAGGAUCAGGCACUCUGACAAAUAAGGUCCAACUCGCUAUUCUCUAUCAGCUUGAAUUGGUACUGCUGAAAGAAAUAGCACUCAAAGCGAGUUCGGCAAUUCUUAACUUGUUGAUGAAGUGGUUCAAGAUCAGUCAUGUUAUUAAGUAUCAAUAUUUCACCUCAUUGCUCUUUGAUCAGCAGUACUUCAGUGUUUUCGUCGACCUCUUAGGAUGCAGCUUCAACAACACAGAAUUGCAGGAUUCUGAGGAGUUCAAUAAGGGCACAGCGCCAUACGAUAUUCUCACUUCACAGAACAAGCUUAUGAAUCCUGCUAUCAACAUCCCACAGUUUGAAUUUUUCAAUAAUUGCAAUGGAAAGGUCCCAUCCGUGGGGCCCAUUGAAUUAAUUAACAAGACGCCGAUUGGGAAGCUUCCACAUACAACUGACGAAAACAACCAGAAUUUUGUACAUAUUACGAAGUUUAAUGAGAACUUCUGCUUCAUCUUGACCAACCUCUUGAAUGUGACUAAUAAGAUCAUGCUCAAGAACAUAUCGCAGCGGAUCUUCGUCUUCAACGAGACUAAGUGUACGGAUUUGCUUAAGGUGGUGUUGCUCAACUACAUUAAUGAUGAGUUCCGUAUUCCAAUCCUCAAGAUCUUCAAGAAGCUCAUUCCAUACCAAGGUCGCAAGUGGAGAGCCAUCAACAUGGACGUGAUCUCGCUCAUUUACCUUCACUUGAAGCUUUCGCUCAAAGACGACUGGUUAAGCGGCAAGGAUCUUGAGUGUGACUUUAAUAACUCAUUUGACCAGGAAAUCGCAUUGCGGUCACUUCUACAGUUCUACAACAUGCGCAAGUACCCCAGUCAGAUGCUGUACUUGGGAUAUUCGCUUGCCUUCGAUAACAUCCCACAAGUGGAAUAUGACGAGUCACUUUAUAGCUAG